AAUCUCCCGUCACGUCAAUCAUUUCAGCUCAGAGAGUAGCGGGGGCCAGCAUAACAGAAACACUUUGUUGAGGAGUCAAACCAAAGAAGUGCACACCAUGGGGACCGUCUGCCGCUGCUGACAGUUGGCGCUUUUAUGAAACCUUUGAAGACCUGUGCGCCCCAUUUUCUACCAGUUAGCUACAGCUGUUUGUGUUUUGUUUUGGUUUUUUUAAUUCAUAUCAACAUAUCCUCAGAGGCGCGGCGUACUGCUGGCUGGUUGAUGUAACGUUAGCUUGUAGGCUGAAGAUAUUUCCAGUUCAUACGAGUUCACGAGUGGAGGAAACGACGCAAGAUGUACCAUGAAGAUACCGCCACUUUACAGAAGCCACGCUAUGGAACCAUUCAGGAUGAUGAGAGGCUGUCGGCGGAGGAGAUGGACGAGAGGAGACGACAGAACAUCGCCUACGAGUACCUGUGUCACCUGGAGGAGGCCAAACAGUGGAUGGAGGCCUGCCUGGAGGAGGACUUGCCCCCUACCACAGAACUGGAGGAGGGACUGAGGAAUGGUGUCUACCUUGGGAAAUUAGCCAACUUUUUCGCCCCGAAGAUGGUGUCUGUGAAAAAAAUCUACGACAGAGAUCAGUCCCGCUACAGGAGCAACGGGCUGCACUUCAGACACACCGACAACACAGUGCAGUGGCUCAGGGCCAUGGAGUCAGUGGGUCUCCCCAAGAUAUUCUAUCCUGAAACGACCGAUGUGUACGAUCGCAAAAACAUGCCCAAGGUGGUGUACUGCAUACAUGCACUGAGCCUGUACCUGUACAAACUGGGCAUUGCACCACAGAUCCAGGACCUGCUGGGGAAAGUCGCCUUCACAGAGGAAGAGAUCAGUAACAUGAGGAGUGAGCUGGAGAAGUAUGGCAUUCAAAUGCCAGCUUUCAGUAAGAUUGGAGGAAUCCUGGCCAAUGAGCUCUCAGUGGAUGAAGCUGCCUUGCACGCUGCUGUGAUUGCCAUUAAUGAGGCGAUUGACAAAGGUCAAGCAUCUGUGACAAUGGCAGCCCUGAAUAAUCCCAACGCAAUGCUGAGGAACACCCAGGAAGCUCUGGCCCAAGAAUACCAGGACACCCUGAGCCAGGCCAAGGCUCGUAAGCAGAACCAGUCUUCAGGGAGGCGGGCCUCCGUUGCUACUGAAGAAAGAGAUGUUUAUGAGGAGCUGCUGACUCAGCAGGAGAUCCAGGGCUGCCUUGAUUUUGUCAGCAUUCAGGCAGCCAUAAGGCAGGUGAAUCAAGCGGUGUCGGCUCAGGACCAGGCUGCUCUGUUGAAUGCACUCAGGCUGGAAGCUCUGGCCUUGCUGGGUGUUCAGGAGUCAAACUGUCCGUGGUACCUGGAACAUUUUACCACCCACUGCCAACAUAAAUCCAAGGAUGGAGGGAGGGCCGUGAUGGUGGACAAAGGCGAGAUUCAGAGUCUUGUCAGCUCUUGUAACGACUUUGCUGAGGCAGAGAAACGAAAAAUGGAGGCAGUCGCAGCAAUCAAUACAGCCAUUCGUCUUGGCAAUGCAUCAGAGACGGUGGAGGAGCUGAUGAACCCUGAGGCACAACUGCCAAUUGUCUACCAAACUGCUGCCAACCUCUAUCAGAAUGAGCUUUUCAGUUUACAGCUUCAAGGGGGGCGGGCUGGCUUGAGCCACGAGGAGCUGAGUGUAGCUGUGGAGAUGCUUUCAGCUGUAGCAGUGCUGAACGAGGUGCUGGACACCAAAGACCCUCAGGCUGUGAUUGAGCAACUGACUGACUCUCCUCUGGGCUUCACCAACAUGGACCAAGACAACCUCAACAGGUAUGCUGACACUCUGAUCGAACAGCGAAGGGAGACUUUUGCCAAGGGCCAAGAGUUUCUCACCUGGAACGAUGUUCAAAAGUGCAUCGACACAGUCAACAUUCAGGUCCAUGAGGAGCACGAACGAAUCAUCGCUAUAGCUGAGAUCAAUGAGGCGCUUAACUCAGGUGAUCACCAGCAGACGCUUGCAGCGCUGCUCCUCCCUACGGCCAAGUUGACAGGGGUGAACCCAGCCACAGCCAAACACUACCAUGAUGUCCUGCAGUAUACCAAGCAACUCCUGUGCCAGAUCUCACCUCUGGACACAGGGGAAAUGAGCUCUGGAGAUGAGUCUGCAGUACUGUGGCUGGACCAAAUCCAAGAGGCUAUACACACAGCCAACAAGGAUGAAGAGGAGGCUCUCACAUUGGCUGGAGCAGUAGCUGACAUUAACAGGAUGGUGGCUGAAGGGGACUCGAAGAACACGCUUCAGGCCUUGCAGGUGCCAGGCGCUGGACUGAGAGCGGUGCUCCCCGAAUGUGCUGACACAUACCAGACUGAACUGGCAGACAGACAGAAGAACAGUGCUGCAAAAGGCAGCACUGAUAGCGUGUGGGUAAAACACUGCAUCAAGGACAGGUAUAAUUACUACUAUAACCUGGAGACGGGACAGGGUACCUGGGAGGAGCCUGAAGGAUUUGAACACAAUGGUGACCAUCUCAGUAAAGAGGAAAUCCAGGGUGUUGUUAGCUGUGUGACUGCAGAAUACAACAGGGAGCAGCUGUGGUUGGCCAAUGAAUCAUUGGUGACCCAGCUGCAGGCGAAGGUCAGAGGCUACCUGGUCAGGAGAAAACAUGCCCAGAGGAUGGAGUAUCUACACCAACAAGAACCACAUGUCAUCAAGUUACAGGCUUCCUGGAAAGGCUACAAGCAGAGAAAAAUGUACAAAGACAGGAUGAAUUUGCUUCAGAAAAAUGUUGCCUCUGUUGUCAAGAUCCAGUCUAUGGUGAAAAUGUGGAAAGCCAAACGUAAAUACAGUCAGAGGUUGCAGUUCUUCAAAGAUCAUGAAAAAGAAAUUGUGAAAAUUCAGGCUUUUCUAAAAGCCAACAAAGCCAGAGACGAUUACAGAACCCUAACUGGGGCCAAGGAUCCUCCCCUGUCAGUGGUGCGCAAAUUUGUCCACUUGUUGGAGCAGAGCGCCCUAGACAUUCAGGAGGAGCAGGAAGUAACACGGCUCAGGGAGGAAGUGGUCACCAAUAUUCGCUCCAAUCAGCAGAUGGAGAAAGACUUGAACCUGAUGGACAUAAAGAUCGGGCUGCUGGUGAAGAACAGGAUCACUCUGCAGGAUGUUGUGUUCCAUAAUAAGAAAAUGAAGAGCAAGAAAAAUAAAGAUGGCCAGAGUACAGGUGACAGACUGGGCAUCAAGGGCCUAAAUAAAGGCAAGAGAAGGAAACUGGAGGCCUACCAACAUCUAUUUUACCUGCUGCAGACCAAUCCCCCCUACCUGGCCAAGCUGAUCUUCCAGAUGCCCCAAAACAAGUCCACUAAGUUCCUGGACACUGUGAUCUUCACCUUGUAUAACUAUGCAUCUAACCAGAGAGAGGAAUACCUGCUGCUCAAACUCUUCAAGACAGCUCUGGAAGAGGAAAUAAAUUCCAAGGUGGACCAGAUACAGGACAUUGUGACGGGGAACCCGACAGUCAUCAAGAUGGUGGUGAGCUUCAACAGAGGAGCCCGGGGCCACAACGCUCUCAGACAGCUGCUGGCUCCAGUGGUCAAAGACAUCAUUGAGGACAAGAGUUUAGGCAUCAACACUAAUCCAGUGGAUGUGUACAAAGCCUGGGUCAACCAGCUAGAGACGGCUACAGGAGAGGCCAGCAAGCUGCCUUAUGAAGUGACUCCCGAGCAGGCCAUGUCACACGAGGAAGUACGCAGCAGGCUGGAGGCGUCCAGUCUGGCCUUACGGUCUGCAACAGAUAAGGUCUUGAACUCCAUUGUGUCCUCGCUGGAUAAUAUCCCUUAUGGCAUGAGAUACAUAGCAAAAGUUCUGAAGAACAGCCUCCAUGAAAGGUUUCCAGAUGCCUCAGAGGAUGAGCUGUUGAAGAUUGUAGGAAACCUGCUGUACUACCGCUACAUGAACCCAGCCAUCGUGGCCCCCGACGGCUUCGACAUCAUUGACAUGUCAGCCGGAGGGCAGCUUCACUUGGACCAGCGUCGUAACCUGGGAUCCGUGGCAAAGAUGCUGCAGCACGCUGCUGCUAACAAGCUGUUUGAGGGCGAGAAUGCACACAUGAAGCCGAUGAACGACUACAUAUCUCGGACGUAUGAGAAGUUCAGGGUUUUUUUCCAGUCAGCAUGUGAUGUCCCUGAACCUGAGGAGAAGUUUAAUAUUGAUGAAUACUCAGACAUGGUCACUCUGAGUAAGCCUAUCAUCUACAUCUCAAUAGAAGAGAUCAUCAAUACCCACUCGCUGCUUUUGGAACAUCUGGAGGCCAUCUCUCCUGACCACAACGACUUGCUGCAUGAGCUGCUGCAGGACCUGGGAGACGUCCCCGAUGUGGAGACAUUGCUUGGCGAAGGAGCAGUAGACCCAAACGACCCGAACAGAGAGAGCGCUCUGAGCCAGCUGGCCAAGACGGAGAUCUCCCUCACCCUCACCAGCAAGUUUGAGCUCCUGGAAGGAGAUGACAAAGACUUAAAGACUCUCAUGACAAAGACAAAAAAGCUUAUAGUGGAUGUGAUUCGGAUUCAGCCUGGAGAGAACUUGCCUGAAAUUCUCGAGAGGCCAGCUAAUGCCCUACAGGAGUCAGAGCACACUACGAUUGUAGAGCGCCGGGCGGUCCAGGAUGCUCAGACACCAGAGGGACUGAAGAGCAGCCCAGCAGUACUUGAGGACAGCCAGCUGCCUCUCGAGCAGAAGAAGAGGAAGAUCCUGAGGAACCUCCGUAACCUGGAACAGGCUGGCCUCGUCAGUGUUAGUAACAAAUACCAGGACAUCAUCAAUGACAUAUCAAAGGACAUUCGCUACCAAAGACGCUACAGACAGAGGAGGAAGGCUGAGCUCGUGAAGCUCCAGCAGACGCUGACGGCACUCAACUCGAAAACUGCCUUCUACCAGGACCAGAUGAACUAUUAUGAUACCUACAUCAAGACCUGCCUGGAUAACCUCAACCGGAAGAAUUCACGCAGAUCCAUAAAAAUGGACAGCAAAGGAGACGAAAAGGGCAGUAAGAAGUGGAAGCCUCAGUCUCUGAAGUACACUGCAGCAAGGCUGCACGAGAAGGGAGUCAUCCUGGAGAUAGAAGGUCUUCAGACAAACCAGUUCAAAAAUGUCAUGUUUGACAUUUCACCCACUGAGGAAGUUGGGGAUUUUGAGGUGAAGGCCAAGUUUAUGGGAGUUGAGAUGGAAAAAGUCCAGCUUCAUUUCCAGGACCUCCUCCAGCUGCAGUACGAAGGGGUGGCCGUCAUGAAGAUGUUCGACAAAGCCAAAGUGAAUGUAAACCUGCUCAUUUUCCUUCUGAACAAGAAGUUCUAUGGAAAAUAAGCAGAUGAGUACAGAACAAGUGGGAGAAAACAACAGGAUGGAGGGAUGGGAGGUGGAGGGCGGAAGGUGCCUUCUGGCAGUCCCGAGUCAGAAAACAUGAGAUGGUGCAGGACAGUGUUUUGUUUCAUCUGAUUAUAAUUUGAUGGAUCACACCAAAAUGAGCUUAUUUGUCCCACUAAAUGUAUUUGUUUGUUGUUUGUUUGUUUUUCUCCUCACGUGGUGAUUGUAAAUGUAAUGUAUUUUUAAGAAAUAAAUUGUAAUGCUGUUCUGUUUUGUAUGUAAAGGAUGCUAGAAAACACUGUUAUUGUUGCCGUUGAACGUUGAACCAACUUUAACGGGGAAAGCAGUAAGGCCUGCUGUCUUGUUAGUUCAGAAGAGGAGCUGUGGAGCAACUUUCCGGCCGGCCUGCACGACCAGUGCCUUUUAAUGAAAGUGUUUGAGGAGACGUUUUAAUUAAUAAAACAUUAAAAAAAAAUACAAAAGCUACAACUGAUGUAUUUUUAAUAUGUAUUGUCAGUAUAUAAAUGAUUUCUAAUGUCUGAACAAUUUGCAGAAUAAAUUACACGUCUACAGUU